AUGGAUAGAAGAGGUCAACCGGAAUUGGGGAAUAAUCCAAUGGGGUACACCCCACCGCAAGAAACUGCGCCGGCGAAAUUGCCGCUGGCCCCUAUACUCUCGACUCCACCUUCCGACCACCGGAGACCCAGCCCAGUAUUCUCAACCCGCCGUGGAAGCUCCAUUUUCAGCCCAACCCAAACCCUAGAUCUCCCCUUCACCCCGCCGCCGCGCCACCACAACCACCACCGCCAGUCUAGCCCUCCGCCGCCGCCGCCGCCGCCGCCGCAACAGCAGAGCGACGGCGGCUCCCCAGAUCCAGAUCUAGAUCCGAACCCAAAAGAUCCGGCCGUUCCUCCCCCGCCGGCCGUCGUAUAUAAGGAGUGCCUGAAGAACCACGCGGCCAGCAUGGGGGCGCACGUCAUCGACGGGUGCGGCGAGUUCAUGCCCGGCGGCCAGGACGGCACGCCGGAGGCCCUCCGCUGCGCCGCCUGCGACUGCCACCGCAACUUCCACCGGAAAGAGCCCGACAGCGAGAACCACCACCACCCCGGCGCCGCCAACAACAGCAGUAGCAGCCACCGCCGGAUUACUCCAACCUCGGCGCCUCCUCCACACCUCAGUCCCCACUACACCAUGGUCAGCUUCGGCGGCGGGGACUCGUCCAGUGAGGAUCUCGACGCGUUUCAGGCCGGCGGCGCCGGCCACACGGGGGCGGCGGCGGCGUCGUCGGUUUCGAAGAAGAGGUUCAGGACGAAAUUCAAGCAGGAGCAGAAGCAGCGUAUGCACGAGUUUGCCACAAAACUCGGGUGGAAGAUUCAGAAGCAAGACGAGGACGAAGUGCAGCAGUUUUGCAGCCAAAUUGGGGUUCAAAGACAGGUGUUUAAGGUUUGGAUGCACAACAAUAAACAAGCCAUCAAGAAACAGAGAGAGAUAGAUCUGAGUAGCCAUAAAUAA